AUUAAACGUUUGCAAACAUUUAAAAUUACAAAAGUAAUUUUAAAUUUUUGUUGCAAAAAAUUUAGAAGUAAAAAAAUGAUUUUUCAGAUAUUUUUAGUUUGAAACAGAUAUGAAAUAAGAUACUUCCAUACUAAUUGUUUUAUCGUAUAUUAUUUGACUCUUUUUGGCUUAAUUUGGUUUCGAAAAAGAAAACAAACAAACAAAACAAAAACACACACACACAAAAACGAUGAUAGGAAAGCUAUUACUUACGUUUCUUUGCUCAGCAGUUUAUUCAGAUGUCUAUCUGCACAAUCCAAGAGGAAGCAACAAUCGUCUCGAUGAAUCUGGAAGAGAACGCGAUAAUGCAAAUCGCAUGUUUGAUUCACAAAAUAACAACCGUGGUGGAUACAAUGUUGGCAACUUGUACUAUUUUGAAGGAUCACAGCUAACAAUUGAAUGGACAAAUCAACAUUCUUGUGGUGAAAAGAAUUCUAAUUGCGAGAUUGUUUUGCAGUACAUGUGCAGUGAUAAUCUAAGAGAUGGUGAUCGAACCAGCACAAUACCAGAAAAUCGAGGGAAGUGUACAAAUAUGGACUGUAAUUCUGAUUUAAGAUAUGGAAUGAAUGAAGACUAUGACCAUUAUAUGAAUUGCAUAUAUACAUCAAGAAAUAAAGGACUCUUUACAGCGGAUCAAAAUUUAGCCGGAGUCUCAGCUCGUUUCACCCGCCAAAAUCCUCAAGGCACACGCAGAGGUUAUGAAUGUCCUGAAGAACGAGAUUACUAUCCUUAUUGGAGACCCACACCUUGGAAGGAUAUCGCUGUUAUGACGAAUGAUGUUUCGCAGUGUACUAGAUAUCAGCAGGAGAGUGAGAAUGUUAAGUCAAGAUUUGUGUGUGUUCCACCAGCUGGUUAUAUGGAUGCUCUUAUUUUAAAUAAAGUUGGUGGAAAUCCAGCAAAUACCUAUUUAGGAAUAACUCAAGAAGCUUGCGAGAAACUGGAAUGGCCAAAGAAUUCUGGAAACAAAGCAAACUGGACUGAAAUUCCAAGUCGAAAUCUAAAUCCUCCUGAAUGUGUUUCACCACCUCGAUCUCGGGAUAAUCAUAAUGGAAAUGGGCUAGGAGGGUUUCCUACCACAUACAACUGGACAAUUCCAAGUGACAUUAAUGAGAACUGUGUUCUGCGUCUUCGAUAUAAUAUUUCUACUGGUGACUAUCUGUUAGAUGCAAACUCAUCGAACAAUAAUAAUGCUAACAAAAUCAAGGUGGGUCCUUUGGUUGGACUUUCAGACACUGAAGCCACAAAUAGAGGAUAUCUUUUUAACAACAAUCCUGUGGUUCAACCGUUAAAAACAACAAAUGCUAAUUUAGGUUCUCGGUUACAACUGAGGCUAGCUAUCAAUACUGCUCAAUAUGGCAGAACAUUUCAAGACAGAAGCCAUCGUUUUGCAAUUCGUUCACGUCCUGCUGAUUUCAAUGGACUUAAAAUGUACAACUUAAAUGUUCGAGGUAAACGAGGAAAUAUUGUUCAAGUGUAUCCAGCAGUUGAAUAUGAUUUUGUACCAAAUCGGCUUACUCUAUCAGCUUCAGAUGCUAUUCAUAUACAAUGGACUGGUUCUAACUCAAACCCUAACAAUAAUGAAGGACAAGGAAGAGCUGGAUCUGAUCGUUCAAACAUUCUUUUAUUAACUGAUCUAGCUUAUCCAAAAGGCAAUAUUCGACAGGAUGCUUCAAUUGAAAACAAAAAGGGUCAAUAUGGAAAUAAUAUUCCAACUAGUUUGACAUUGCCAAAUAGAAACCUCUUAGGUUUAAACAUGGCAGAUAUAAAAUCACUUGCUAUACUUAAUCCUGGUCAAUAUGGUGGAAAAAUGUCAGAAUUGGAUGACGCUGGAACAUAUUUUGAUCUAGGCCCACGAAAAUUGACAAGCAAUGGAAAUGGAACUUAUUAUUACAUGUGUACAAGAAAUAAUAAUUUUUCAAAUCGUAGUCAAAAGGGAAAGCUUGUUGUAAAGACAGGCCGGAUUUUUAUUGCACAAAUCGGGUUUAGUGGUGGAACAGUUGCUAUUGACAACAAUCAACAAGGGGUUUGGAUACCACCAGGGCGGCUUGAAAGUUCAAUUCAGAUUUCUGUAGAGGAAUGGUCAGCAGAUGAUGGACAUAAAAUUAUAAACUCUUAUGGAGGAUAUGUUAAUGUUGGAAAUACGGACGGUAGUAACUUUUUGCAAGUAACUCCUUUUGGUCAGCUUGCAAACGGAGCAGAAGUAACCAUGAAAAUGAAAGUAUUUUCACGUGAUGUUACAAUUUAUCGUUCUGAGGAUUUUGUUAACUGGCAAAAUAUCCCUGUUACUUCUUUAAGUAGUACGCUUGCUCAGUUUCAAACAUUGAAAGGUGGUAUUUACAUUGCACGGAAAAACAAAGACUAUAAAACUCGAAACAUUAUAAUUGGCGUAGUUGUUUGCUUUGUGGUUUUGGCUAUUUUGGUUGUUGGAAGCUUUCUUUAUUUCAAAAAGCAUCCAAAUGCGUUUCCGGGUUUACGGAAGUUAGGUUAUGGUUUUAAAAGUAAAGUUUAAUGAUUUUGAAAUAAUUUUCUGUUUUUUUAUAAA